AUGAUCUCAUUAUUUCUUUUCCUAUCCUUCCUCCCUUUUUGUAUAUGCUCCGACCCAUCAGACUCUCCAUUCGCAGCUCGCCCGCUGAGGAUUCGAUUGGUAAAUUAUGAGAAAAGAUAUCAAGUAAGGCAUGCUCCCACUCCUCCCGAACUUUCUGGGACCACCAAUUCUAAUGGUCCCUCCAUUGAAUUAAGUGAAGACGCUCCGAAUACGGUGGUAUCGAGCCAAUCGUAUCUUCACAGUAUCAGGAAGAGGAUUCGGGGAAGUAAGUGGGAAAAAUAUAAGAGCCAUAGUCUGAUUUGACAUCUACAGCGCUUCAUUUUCAGCCAAACUUCAUACCGUUUCGACAGCUCUGACUCAUUUGUCAUCCUCCGAACCAUUGGAGGGAAUGCGGGAAGUUGAUGGAUCUAAUGAAAACGUCUCAAAUACUGCAGAACAAGCAGUCAGGAAACUGUUUAACAACUCCACCACACCCCAACAGCCCAAAAACAACACCGGAAAUACUGGAAGAGCGCCUGAAAAGGGAUUUAUUGUCGAAAACACAUCAACAAAUCCAAGUCCCGUUGCCAAAACGAGGACGCAGUUUAGCAGAGAUUGUAAGGAUAAAAUUUUUAUCAUUUUUUCUUUUUUUGUCAACCAUUUUUUCCAUCCUUGAUAGGUAUUUCUUCCCAAAAACGUUCGAUUUACACGGCUGUUUACGAAAAAGUCUUCCUCCCACUCAACUUCUCUCCAAAGCGAAAAAAGAAAACAGAACCAACGGGAGAAAGGGCUGUGCAGGGAUGGCCGAGUGGUCUAAGGCGCUAGACUCAAGCGAAAAGCUUCGUCGGAAACGGCGGUUCAGAGCGUUCUAGUAUCGUUAUCGAUGCGUGGGUUCGAAUCCCACUUCCUGCAGAAACUUUUUUUCCUUUUUUGGAUGUGAAAUAUAACAUAUUAUCGACUGGUCGUCAAAUCAAGACCAAAAGGGGUUUUUAACUCCCAAGUUCGAUUCCGCGGUUUUAUUAAAACAAGCUACCAUGUUUUACAAGAGCUUUUUCAAGGGUACCAAGCAGAAUAUCUCUAAAAUGACUAUGAUUUCAGCCCUCCCAGUUGAGAAUCCCGAGAGCCUUCCAGAAAUUAUCCAAGAACCCAUCAAAGGCAACCAAUCUAUGACCGCGAUGACAGAACUAGACGUCAAGUCCGAUGAGAUGCUCCAGAAAACUUUCCGACGAACAACUCUCGCGAUGACUGACUACAAAGUGACAACUCCACCCUCAACUGGACUUCACACUCUUCCUGCCGCCACAAACUCUCCAGUAUCAUCAACAAAGGCACCAGUUUUCACAUUGCCGCCUUUGUUUGCUGCUCCAAACUUGGCUUUAACAGAUCCGCCAGCUCAAACUCGACAACCCCUGGUUCAGCUGCCAACUGGUGGUAAUAAUGGGAAUGGUGGAGGUAAAACCGUAUCUUAGUGAUAAUUAUUGUUAAUUUCAGCGCCAGUUCAACAUCUGACCCCUCAAUUUGACACUCCUUCCAAUCUCUCGCCAAGGCAAAUUACGGGAAAUUCUCAGCAACCUAAUCCUCAGCAGAUCCCACAGAAUCAAGGGCAAACAAUUCAACAGCCUCAAGUUCAAGGCGCUGGAAGACCGAAUCCACCACCUCCAGCACAAUCUUCAACUUCCUCCAGACCCGACUUGGAACAACUUGGAUGUGGAUUUGACCUGCUCAGCCAGUCCUGUAAAGACGUUUUCGGGCUGGGAUGGUGCGCUCAAUGCACAGAUCUGGGCAACGUAUUCCUCCAUGAUUGCAAGUGCGCAGCGCCAACUGAGCUCGGCCGAACAGCCAAUGCAUUAUUCACCCAGCCACCAACAACCACCCCUUACAAUGGCUUGGGGCAACAGUCAGUGCUGCAGCAACAAAUACAAGCGCAACAGAACGCAUUGGCGAAUGCGCAACAAGUUCAACAAGGGCAAUUGCCGGGACAAGGGCAACAGGUAAGUAUCAAUCAAGAUCAAAUGUUGUAUCUUUCACGCGCCAGUUGUUGUAUGUCGACUGGUGGUGGUGAAGGUACGGAGUCAGCCAGAUGUAGAAGGAUAAUAAGUAUAAAUUUAUUAUCAGAUAAAAGCAACAAUACGUAGCAUAACACCAAACAUUCACUGAAUGAAAAUAACAACUGAGAUUCUGUUUCUCUUCCAAGCUUCGAGAAGCUUCGAAUGAAACGGAAUGCCAAUACAGUAAUCGUAGCUCCUGUUUCGGGACACAACAUCAAAUUCCAUCUUAUUAAUUCAUCUAAAAACCGAUCGCAUCCCCCAUAAAACUGAUUAUUGCAGGUGCCCGGUCCUCAGCAGAUCUCCACCACCCAACAUCUCGUCCAACAGCCCUCUCCUCCCCAAUUCCAACAACAAUUCCCCCCUCCACAACUCCAGCAACAACUCCCACAACAGCCCGUCAUCCCGCAGAUUCCACAGCCUCAGGCGUUGCAGGGUUUCGUCCAACAACCCACAUGGUCCCUCUAA